GGGCACUAUAAUUAGACGCGGUUUUGAAAUAGUUGGAACGGGGAAAUAUAAAUUUGAACUUUGAAAAAUAUAAUUGCGCGAUGAAUCCAAAAAAGUAUGCUGAUCCUUGUUUGGAACGUCAUUUUAUGGGGCACACGCAAUGCGUAACACAGGUACGCUUCAAUGCCGACGAUGGCAAUAAAAUCGCAAGCAGCUCACUGGAUACCACGGUUAUCUUAUGGGAUUUAAAACAAACCGCCCGUUGUAUACGUUUCUCUGCCCACGUUGAAAGUGUUUAUGGUGUUAGCUGGUGUCCAAAAUCAAAUUUGGUAGCCUCUUGCUCUCAUGAUCGGACUGUUAAGAUUUGGGAACCUAAACUGCGUGGCGUUUCCGAAGAAUUUUUGGCGCAUUCCAAACCUGUACGUUCGGUAGACUUUCAUCCUACCGGUGCUAUGGUGGUGACGUCCUCCGAUGAUAAAUCGCUAAAACUAUGGCGAGUAACUCAACGCAAAUUUCUCACUUCGUUUGUUGGCCACACAAAUUGGGUACGCUCUGCUAAGUUUAGUCCAAACGGCCAGUUAGUUGCAUCUUGCGGCGAUGACAGGUCUUUGCGUAUAUUUGAUAUACAUUCCGGUGAAUGUGUAUGCUGUUUUACGGACGAACGUGGCAUGGGACGGCAAUUAGCUUGGCACCCGGAUGGCAAUAUGGUGGCAGUGGCUUUAAGUUGUAAUCGUGUUAAGAUAUUUGAUUUAACCGCACAAGAAUUGAUACAGUUGUAUCAAGUACAUAGUGCACCUGUUAACGAUUUAGUCUUUCAUUCCAAUGGCAAAUUUAUGCUUACUGGCAGUGAUGAUGAGACUAUGAAAAUAUUGGAUUUAUUAGAAGGUAGACCUAUUUACACUUUAACUGGCCACACUGGUAGAGUGACAACAGUAGCCUUCAAUCAAGACGGCUCAAGGUUUGCAUCUGCCGGUUCUGAUAAACAAUUGCUUGUUUGGAAAUCCAAUUUGCAUACUUAUGAUUCUUCCCUGUUCGAUGAAAAUAGACAAAAAGAAUUUUUAGCACAACAGCGUCUACCUGAUCCCAGCUGGGAAGCGUCCGGUGGAGUGGCCAUUUCCACCAUCUCCAACCCAAGUGACCAAUCUGUAUUGAUUGGUUUUCGUAAAUCUACCGUUUAUGAAUCCCAUGAUGAAAACUUUCAGGUGCUUGAUUGUCAAUAUACAAUGCAAACAGAUUCUUCUCGUACACGGUUGACCAACUCUAAAAGCGACAACAGUGCCACCAAUACAACAACUACUACUACAUCUAAUACUUGCGUCCACAGCAGUUCUUCUAUAUUGCAUUUAGCUGAAAAUAAAAGCUCUCUUAAUCCUGAGGAUGAAACCAUCGAAAACGAAAAACCAGACUGUAGCACUGGUAGAUAUUUUUAAACAAACAAAACAACAUUGUUUGAAAGACAAG